AUGCGUCCAGUUACUCUAUUUACAGCUCAAUUUGGUGAUAUUCCACUUGAAAUUCUUGUAACAAAAGCUCGUGAAUGGGGUUUUGAUGGACUAGAACUUGGUGGACAUCUUGAUAUUCGUAGAGCAUCAACUGAUCAAUCAUAUUGUCAAGAAAUUCUUUCUUUAUUAGCAAAAAAUAAUUUAAAACUUUUUGCUAUCUCAGCACAUUUAGUUGGUCAAGCUGUAUGUGAUCAUAUUGAUGAACGACGUCAUCGAUCUAUAUUACCAGCCCAUGUUUGGGGUGAUGGAGAAUCUGAAGGUGUCAAACAGCGAGCAGCUAAAGAAGUAAUUGCUGCGGCAUAUGCAGCUAAAAAUUUAGGUAUUAAAAUUGUUAAUGGUUUUACUGGUUCAAGUAUUUGGCAUUUACUUUAUGGUUUUCCACCAAUUAAUCCUGAACAAAUAAAUGAAGGUUAUGAAGAUUUUGCUAAAAGAUGGAAACCUAUUUUAGAUGAAUAUCAAAAAUGUGAUGUUCAUCCAAGUGAAAUUGCUUUUGAUAUUGUUAGUGCUGAACGUGCAUUAAAUGCUAUUGAUAAUCAUUUAUCUUUUGGUUCUAAUUUUGAUCCAUCACAUUUAGGAUAUCAGGGUGUUGAUUAUAUUGAAUUUUUACGUCGUUUUAAAUCUCGAAUAUUUCAUGUUCAUAUGAAAGAUGUUGAUUUUAAUUGGAAUCAACCUUGUGAAGUAGGUGUUUUCGGUGGACAUACAAUGUUUGGUGAUCCAAGACGUUUUUUUAAUUUUCGUUCACUUGGACGUGGAAAAAUUGAUUUUGAAAGAAUUAUUCGAACAUUAAAUCAAAUUAAUUAUCAAGGUCCAUUAUCUGUUGAAUGGGAAGAUGGUGAUAUGGAUAGAGAAGCAGGUGCUCAAGAAUCACUUCAAUUUGUACGUCGAUUAGAUUUUAAACGUGGUGAUAUGCAAUUUGAUGCAGCAUUUAGUAAACAAUAA